GUUUUACUCUCCAGUCCUAUCCCAGACCUAGAGCUAGUUUUAACUACCACCAUGAGAAUUUUACUCAUUCUCUCCCUUGCUUUAACCUUACACCAAACAAAUGCUCAGUUCUUUAAUGCCUUAGCAAAUCUUUUCCGCCCAGUGACAAAUAUUUUCGGCGGUGGAAACAGAUUCGUCGAUGAUGGAACCCAAAAGCCGAAAGCCGAUGGACGAGAAGAACUAUUUCCGUCUGAUUGUGGUCGAGAGCCGGGUUCAGGGACAGGGAAACUAUGUUUUCCAGACGGUCUCCUCUGCCAAGAACGAGUAAACAGAGGUGGUGUUCAGAGGUUCGGAGGUCAUACUUACUGGUUCAGCUGGCUGGAUAAUGACUCAAGCGUCAGGAACGCUAAGUGGGAUUGGUUCAAUGCCAGGAACUACUGCAGGAAACGUUGCAUGGACCUCGUCAGCUUCGAGACCAAGCAGGAGUACGACUGGGUUAAGGGAUUCAUCAACGGAAAUGUUCCCUAUUUCUGGACUUCUGGUCGUCUUUGUGAUUUCGACGGAUGUGAUCGUCCGGAUUUCUUCCCUAAGAACAUAAACGGAUGGUUCUGGUCCGCUAAUCAGUUUACAGUAUCUACAUUUCUAUCUCCAACCAAUUCUAACUCUGCUUUCCACGAUUGGUCUCAAACCGGAGGAGCACAGAGGCCCCAGCCUGAUAACAGGGAACAAGUCCAGCAAGGAGGAGAGAGUGAAUCGUGUAUGGCUGUCCUGAACAAUUUCUACGGAGAUGGAAUAAAGUGGCACGAUGUUGCUUGUCAUCAUGAGAAACCAAUUAUCUGCGAGGAUGUUGAGGGGCAUCUUAACUUUGCCAGGCAGACCUUCCCUAACAUCAGAAUCCCUUAAACUAUUCACACCGUAACACUUGCAACACUUGUUUUCUUUGCUUCAAAAACUUUCCAAUUAUAGCGUCUUAAUAUCUAUACUUUCAUUCAUGAAGGCUUUUAACCGCAAUUCAAAAUCAAUCAACUUUGCUUUUUAAACCUUUUUUUCGCUCUCUUUUAUCUCUUCCUAUCCAUUAUUUAUUUAUUUAUUUAUGUAUUUAUUAUUAGACUGCUGCUGCUUUGUACUUGAAAGAAUUGUAAACACCUAGUCCUAGUCAAUUGAAUAAAGAACUGACUCCUAA